ACAGGCACCGAUGCUUCGUUACUGGAACUGCAUUGAUUUAGUAUGGAUGUUUCCGCCUCCUACACUGGCUUGUCUCUUUAUCCGCCGCUGAAGGAAAAUUACGAGCCUAUAUUAGAGUUCUUCGAAACCGCUUCUAAUGCCGCAUUCCUGCACAAGGACCUCAUCCCUUUUUCCCUCGACAAUGCUUUCAGCGUUGACGUCGACAUAAGCAUACUUCCAGUGUACCCUCAGCUUCAGAACUGAUUACAAAGACCUCAGGAUGAUCAUCGCGUUUAAAUCUUUCGCGAUAUCGGGCCCGCUCAAAACCUUUUUCCGCCCCAUCUCAGAGUCUUCCCCAAUGAGGGGCUGGUACCUCAGAGAAUAUUUUCGGAACUCUCUCAAAGUAAAUAUUCGCUAUAGAGACAUUUGCGAAGAUUAUCCAUUCCAUGCAGUUAUUGACAUGAUGAAUGAUCUCCGGGUCGCAUGGUGUGGCAGCGGCGAGGAAGCACUUGAACUGGCACCGAUGACGGAUCCUCGAUGGCAAACCGUUAUCGAAAAAUCUAUGGGAGAACAGAUUGUAACCCCGUUCUAUGGAAUGCAAUUACUUCGCAUAUUUGUGGGUGCGCAAUUUUCACAGAAAUAUUCUGUGGAGAAGAACACAAAGACUGCUGACAUCAUCGUCUUCGUAUUCCACCAGAGCUUCCCUUCGGAUACCUUGGGCUUCAGAUCUCCAGCGAAAAUAUUCACGCUAGCCACCAACCGUAAGCGACUUUCCUUCGCCGUCGCAGCUGCCGCGGUAGGAGACCAAAGCUGGUGCAUUGAUCAUAUUUCUGGGGCCUUAUUUCUACGCUAGGAGUGUAGUGCGCGGUCCGGAUCCUCAGUGAUCAUCACGACAGCGUAAUACCUGUAGCUAGAACCGAAACUACCGCUAGCCAUUCCCCAUUCCCUCUUCUUCGACAUUGCGAUAUGUCCCCGACGUAUUUGACGAU